GCUGGAUUGUUUCCGUAAAACAUUCCGCUCUGAAGGCUACCUUGGCAUGUACCGUGGGUCCGGGGUCAACAUCCUUCUCAUUACACCUGAGAAGGCCAUCAAACUCACUGCAAAUGACUUCUUCAGACAUCACCUCACCACUAAAGAUGGGAAGUUGGGCUUGACUCGUGAGAUGGCGUCAGGAGGACUAGCAGGUCUGUGCCAGAUCGUGAUCACCACGCCCAUGGAGCUCCUCAAGAUACAGCUACAGGACGCGGGUCGUGUCGCUGCUCAGGCCAAAGCCUCUGCAGGCGGGGCCACGGUGGCAGUACCGAAGGUGUCAGCCACGGCCAUCACGCUGGGGCUGCUGAAGGAGAAAGGCAUCAUGGGGCUGUACAGGGGCACGGCGGCCACCAUGCUUCGUGACGUGAGCUUCUCUGUCUGCUACUUCCCUCUCUUUGCUCACCUCAACUCACUCGGACCGAGGAAAGCGGACGGAUCUGGGGAGGCAGUUUUCUGGUGCAGUUUCCUAGCGGGCUGCGCGUCAGGGUCUCUGUCUGCCCUGUUCGUGAACCCCUUCGACGUGGUCAAGACACGGCUGCAGGUCCUCACUAAGGGCGCCCAGGAUAAGACCUACAACGGAAUUCUUGAUGCCUUUGGACGUAUUCUGAAGGAUGAAGGGCCCAAAGCUUUCUUCAAAGGCGGCGCCUGCCGUAUGAUGGUGAUCGCUCCUCUGUUCGGCAUCGCCCAGAUGGUUUACUUCUUCGGUGUCGGUGAAAAAAUUCUAGGCUAUAACCAGUAGAUCUGGUCCCAUUAUUUCAGUAGAUCUGGGCCUAUACUUUCAAAAAAAGUUAAG